AUGGAUAUGAAUCCAAAGAUCUCUGACUUUGGUUUGGCAAGUAUUUUUGAGGGUGAUCAUACAAAUCAUAUCACAAGAAGAGUAGCUGGAACCUAUGGAUAUAUGGCGCCAGAAUAUGCUGUUCUUGGACAUGUUUCAACCAAAACAGAUGUGUUCAGCUUUGGAAUGAUUAUUUUAGAAAUAAUGACUGGGAGAAGAAACAGUGUAUCCUCGGAAACAAUGAUGGCUGAGCAUCUUUUAACUUAUGUAUGGGGGAACUGGACCAAGGGGACAAAAGCUGAGAUAUUGGACCCAUCAUUGCAAUACAACAACAGUUCUCCAAAUGAGGUUCUCAAGUGUGUACAUAUUGGACUAUUAUGUGUUCAAGAGAAUCCAGGUGAUAGACCCGGCAUGUCCAAUGUGAUGCUGAUGCUUGUUGGAAAGUCUACUACCUUGCCUGCUCCUUCUAGGCCUGCUUUUCUAUUUAGGUUGAAUGAUGAAAACCAUGCCCAUGGUGGUCUAAAUAACCCACUAGAUGGCUUGAACGAAUCAAAUCCAACAUUCAAUAAUUUGACAAUCACAGAAUUAGAACCAAGAUAG